UGGGCUAGCUGCUGCCUACUAGUGCUGAACGCCGGGCCAAUUCUGAAUGUCUCACCAAACGACAAUCGACAAACUGUUUACGGUUUGUUGCGAAGACAUAUCAGAAUACUGAUACGGCACUACUUUGACUUCCAUGUGAAACAGGCAGGGUGCUCUCGAGGGCUCCACAUCAUCAGUGAGUACAUCCAUGCCGAGCCUGAUCAUGGAGAGAGGACAGCAAACACUGCAAAAUGUCCUGGAGGAUGGAUUAAGCAGAGAUUUGAUAAAUGCCGGCCGGUUUUGCUUCAGCUGUGAGCAAAUAUUUUCAGAUCGGAGAUGCCUCGAGGAACACACGUGUUCUGCUGCAAGUUACAUCUGCUCCUGUGGAACUGAGUUUACCCAGUACAGAGACAUGCUAGAGCACAGUACGACGCAUGAACCAGGGCACCAAGUGCUGGAUCAUGAAACGAUAAGGAAGCGUAGAAUUGAGAAGCGCAUUGAAGAGGAGGAGAAGCUGAAAAGAUUACAGACUGGUGAGGUUGUCUGGAAGACACCUAAACUGAACAGUGUGCCAUCAAUUUCUUUGCCAGCGAAGCCUACGCUGCAGGUACCAGUUACAUCAGCUUAUAUGCCAGUUCCCACGCAGUCUGCACAGAUUUCACAAGUGCCUGAGUUGUACCCCUCUGUGUCACAAGCAUCUCUCCCCACAAAUCCUGUCAUGUACACAGCAGACAUGCAGAAUAUUUUUGCAGGUGUGGGUGCACCAACGGUGGAUCUUUGGACUCUUUACCAGCCAGUCGUGUUGUUGCAGACAGUGCGCAAGUUUAACAAGAAAAAGCCAUACUCUUGUGGUAAAUGUGGGCAGUGUUUUUUGACAAAGACCUGUCUAAUCUCCCACCACAGCUCUCAUGUCACAGAUAAAGUUUCUGGCUGUAUAGGAUGUGGGCUGCUGCUCUCAAGCAAGAAGGUAGUGCCUCGCUUCCAUGUUUGUAACACACCAAACACUGCUACCAAAUUCAGACUCAUUACUGCGAGACCCCAAGGUUUCAAGGGGCGAAAUGAAGCCAGUAGAGACAGGGGUCAGAACCCGAGUGCUCAGGGGCCUCAGGCCACUUUCUCUACACAGGUGAAAAGGCAGAAUCCCAGUGUAGUCGCUAAAGGCAUUCCAGCACCUUGCAUCACUUCCACCCUGCACUUGAAAAAUCAGAAUGUCAGAACAUACAAUAAAAUCAAUCAGGGGCGUCAUGUCACUCCAUGCCCGCAGUCCAAGAGUUGGAAUCCCAGUGCAUCCAAACCUUAUACCAAUGUCUCCCCUCCACUGAAGAGUCAGAGUCCAAAUCCGCGUGCAUCCAGUAAAAGUAGUUGGCGGCUUCCUGUCUAUUCUUCCUCACCAUUGAAGAUGCCCUUGAACUCUGCAUCAGGCGCAUUGAGCAAACCGUCACAGAUAUCUUCUGCACCAAAUGGGUUCACAUGUCGAGUCUGUCAUAUUCCUUUUGAAACGGCUCAGCUUCUUCAGAGACACAAGUGCAUCAAAGCACAGGAGUUUAUGGCACAGCACAUGCGAGGUGGCAGACAGCAUUACAAACUAAAGAGGGUGACACCAGUUCCUGCUCAAAUGAAUGGUGAGAGAAAACUUGACGUCCCAGCUGCUGGGAACAUGAAGAAAAAUCAUGUUAUGGCUGUCAGUCUGGAGAGGGGGCAAGGUGUGGUUCCUGUGAAUGGAAAAACAGAAGUGGAAAUUGACAAUGAUUGUUACAUUGUUGAAACCAGAGCAGACAAACCUGCUGAGAUGAUUUACCAAGUAACCUCAUCUGUUCCUAUUAAAACUUGACUAAAAUAGAGAGCCACAUCCAGUUUGCAUGUGACAUUUUAUGUUAAUUAUGGACCAAGUGCAAAGAGAUUGCAGUCUCCUGGUUGAACAGCAUCCACUGGUUUAGGUUGAUCACACAAUGCUCCAAAGUAUUUCAGAAGAUGUAUAAGUGCAGCAUGUACAAACAUGCAUCUGACCCAUAUUGACUAUAGACACAAAAGUCUAAAGUUGGUGCCACAGCAGUGGUUAUAGGGGAUGUAAAUCAGUAAUGUCAAUUAUCCAAAUGUAUGUUUAUGGUUUACCCAUGUUUGAUGGGAUAAACCUACAUUAAAGGUUUUGUUCUGUUUGUUUUCUAAAAUAUGUUUGUGUGAUAUGUAUGAUCAGAAUGUGUUGUAAGGUUGUGGGAACUGACCACGAUACUUUGCGUGUUCUUACCAGUUUUGGCAGACUUCAAAUUCAGUAUAUGUUGUAUUAAACUAUAUUUUC